GGUCAUCGAUCCUCGGGUUGUCGUCAUACUGAUCGAGAAUUAUUGGAAAUUAAGAGAAAGGGGAGACCGGUAUCUCAAUGUGCCGAAUGCAGAGAGUUACGAAAGACAAAGCAAGUUCACAUUAAAUGCAUCUGUCAUACGAAAACGGCUGCUGAAGGUAGGUCCUUUGGUUCAAUCUUUGUUUUUUAUAAACACAAGUUGUUCAUAUAA